AUGGCGAUUCAGCAGGCGCGCACGUCCUACGAUGAAACCGACAUCAAGGACAGAAGCGGUUCCAAGGCGAUGCGUGCGAUCAAGAUGCUCAAGCGCAAGAGUCUGGCGGUACCGGUGCGUGAUCUCAAGGACCUCAAGAACUUCCAGGGCUUCGGCGACUUCAGCGAAGAGGAAGAACCCAAGACGGAGGUGAACGUGCUGGUGCUGGGCGACGCGACGGCGGGCUUCUGUGAUAUGAGCCACGCGAUCGCGGCGGCGCAGUCCGACGCGGACGAGCUCAAGGCACGGCUCGUCGACCGCUACAUGGAGUACGUCCGCUCCCAGAACGCAUUCCACGUGCGGUCGGACACGUCGACUACCAAGACGAUGGAGCUGACCUUCGACAACCGGCCGGUGGCCCUCAAGAUCGUCUCCUACGACCCCGACAAAGUCGAUCCGCUCACGCUGUCCAAGAUCAACGUGGCGAUCGUUGUGUUCUCGGUCGUGGUGCCAUCCACCCUCGACAGCGCGCUAACCAACUGGCUGCCCAAGGUGCGUUCGCUGUGCGGACACAGCGGCGGCGCGCUGCCCAUCGUCCUCGUGGGAACCCAGGCGGCCCACCGCGGCGUCGCCCCAACGAACGAGUGCCGGGCGUACUUUGAGCUGUCGGACUUUCACGACGCGGCACAGGUGGGGCGCGUGUUCGACGAGGCCGUCAUCGCCGUCGCCAGCCCGCCGCAGCAGAAGGAGGCCUCCAUCUUCGUCGACUCCCUCGCCAAGGGCGCCGGGGAGCGGCUCGUGCUGUCGCACAAGAGCCUGACGACGGCCACGCUGUCGUGUCUGGUGUCGCCCGAGGAUCGCAAGGCCGGGCUGGGCGGCGUCCGGUGCCUCGUCCUUUCGCACAACCACUUCACCCACCUGCCCGCCUUCGUCUACGACAUGCCCCAACUCGAGGAGUUGCGGGUGGACAACAACAGGUUGGUGGAGCUGGACGCGGCGAUUGGCGAGCGGCUGCCGAACCUGCGCGUGCUUGACCUUCACAACAACGAGCUGCCGUCGCUGCCGCCCUCGGUCGGCCACAUGCACUUCCUCCACGAACUCAACCUCAAUGGAAAUCCGUUGGAAGACGAAGCGCUGUUGUCUCCGUCGGUACAUUUCAUUCGAUCAUACCUCGCCAACCCGUCGGAGUGGACCGAGCGGGGGGUGCAGUUGUGGCUCGAGCGAUGCGGCAUGCCCCGCUACAAGCAGAUCUUCUUCGAAAACGACAUCGACGGGGAGGUGCUGCUCUCGCUCGACGAGCCGGAGCUGCGCGAGUGCCUGGGCGUGGCCGAUUCCGACGUGCGCUGCCUCCUCGACGCCAUCGCCGCCCUCCUCUCCUCACCGACCGCCGCCGCUGCCCAGCAGUAG